AUGGGGGUAGAUUUUGAAGUAUCAGUGAGAGCAGGAGGUAAGGAAUUUUUCUCGCCUCCAUUAAUGUCUGGAACAUUAAUGAUGGGGCAAGGACCCAUGAUAGGAGAUAAGGCUGGAGAUCAACGAGAAGAGAAAGAAGGAAGGUGGAAGGAGGGGAUCGAAGGGGAAGAAGAGGAGCAGGGGAUGGCCAUGUCUGCUAGUAGUGGAAGAUGGGAGGCUGGUGGUG